AUGUCUUCGAGUCAACAGACCGCCACCCAGCCCUCUUUGGGUGAUACCUUACGAAACGUCUCACAGACCAUGAACCAGGAUAAUAUUUCCGAAGUCCUGUGUGCGGCCUAUACCAUGAGCAGUCUCCGCCAUAAGCUAAAGAGUAAUGACGAGUCUACUGCUCCGCGAAGAGAGGAUUUUGGCACGUGGGAUGAAUCGGAAUUUUCGGAAAAGUACAAAACCCAAAUUGAUCUUCUUAAUACACAGAUGGAUGAAGUCGUUUCCCAUCAUAGCAAGAUGGGGUUCAGAAGGAAUUUGGAUCCAGGUUAUCUUAGUCUUCGGCUGACUCUCAAAUGUAUGGUCCCGAUCGUAGAGGCGGGAGCUGCAAGGGUCAAGGAAGCCGAAAAAUCUUUGGAAGAAUCUUUGGUAGAAUUACGGGCCGUUACAGAGUCGUUCUACGACGCUUUCCUCUCUGAGCGCUCUUCAGUCUCUCGAGCUCAGAGGACAAGUGAUCAUGACCAGUACAUCGUAUAG